CCUCCACGCAAUUCCUUUGGUUGUUCUUGUGACAGUCCCGGAAACCUACAAUUGCAGAUAUGGCCCCCGCUCAGCAACCCGCCGCCGCCGUCGUCCAGACCAACGCCCAGAAGAAGGCCAAGAAGUCCAUCGAGAGCAUCAACUCUCGCCUGGCUCUUGUUAUGAAGAGUGGCAAGUACGUCCUCGGCUACAAGUCCACCCUCAAGACUCUCCGCAACGGCAAGGCCAAGCUUGUCAUCAUGUCUGGCAACACCCCUGCUCUCCGCAAGUCUGAGCUCGAGUACUACGCCAUGCUCUCCAAGACCUCCGUCCACCACUACAACGGCAACAACAUCGAGCUGGGUACUGCCUGCGGUAAGUACUUCCGCGUUGGCACCCUCUCCAUCAUCGAUGCCGGCGACUCCGAUAUCAUCUCCAAGCCCACCGAGAACUAAGCAGUUCAUCAAGACGUUGCUUCUCCCGGCUCGGAUCGGAUCGGAUCGGACGUGGCCCUGUAGUGCUACCGGAUGGCGUUCAUGCCAAGGGAAUGUGAAUACAUUGCUGUUGGAGCCGACUAGAGCUUUAUUCUUUA